GACGAGCAGCAAGGAUUCUGUAUAAGGAUUCAAACUGACAAGCAGUCAGCUUUCUUGUCUGCGAAUAAAACUCGUGGCGCAGGCUCGCAGGGUAGAUUACGGAGACAGCCUGUCAUGGAAUCUGAGCCUGAGUUCAAAACUAUUGAUCAUUACGUACAGUCACGUUCAUAAGUUGUGUCGUUCGUCGCCAUGAUUCGUAACCCAGGUUUGAAGGUUUGAACAACGCUAAGUCACCAGGAGAGGAGUUGGAAGUGCCAGCGAAGGGGAGAGGGAAGCUGUGAAGAAACUGUGUGUUGAAGCUGUGAAAGUAGAAGAGGAGCUGAAGGAAGCAGAAGCUGAAGCUUCAUUGAUGAAGAGCAGUUUAGCAACAGCCAAACAGCAAAAUCAGAAACUUAAGGACAAGUUAGGUUAUUUGGAAAGUCAGAAGACCAAAGUUGAUAAUGACUUUCAAACAUCAGGAGAAGAUAUUAUUUGCUUGGUGCAGAAACUUGAAACCCUUACCACAUGUUUGGCAACCUUUCAGAUAGAGAAAAAUAUUCUCAAAAACUGUUCAAUAAAUCGAGAAAAUAUCAAGGAAAUUGUGGUGCAAAGAAUGAAAGACUGGAAAUUAGCAAUAGACAGUGAGUGUGGGAUUACUUCUGAGGAAAAAACACUCACAGAUGCUCAGCAGAAAGUUACUUCACUCAGAUACAAACGUGAUGCUCUUCUGAGCAUUCCAGAGAAAGUAUCUUUCCUUCAAAAAAGUUUAGAUGAUUGCAUGAAAAACAAAAGAUUUCUGAAAAGAGAGGUGGAGAUGCUGCAGGGAUGCUUGAUGAAGAAGGAACAGCAGCUGAACCACAUCAGACAAGAAGUGCAUGUUUAUGAACAACGUAACCAAGACCAUGCCUCUCGUUUAAGGAGGGAAAUUGAUGAGGUGUCAGCCCACAAUGCCUGGUUAAGUCUGGAACUGAGCCAGAUAGAGGCAAAGGUCACAUACCUCAGAGACCAGACAGAAGCAUGAUAACAUAUUUUGUUGGAACAAGGAUACUCUAGUUUAGGGUCCCUCUGGGCCAUCUCACAAGAUGCAUCUAAUCAAAUGCAGAGUCUCUACCAUACUUUAUGACCUCAUCUGAAAUGCCAACCAUAUGCAAGGAUUUUAUUUACUGUUAAAAUUUAAUAUUACUUUUUUUCAUACAUUUACCAUCAUCUCUCAGUCUUGUAUG